CUGACAACACACAAAGUGAUCCCACGUCCCCAUCCACAAGUUUAGAACACUGCUCGGAUGAUCUAGCUCCUUCCCUUGCAUGUAGGAUGGUGCAACAAGGAGAGGGUCCCACUCUAUGAGGGAGGGAUGAUACUAAAAGACCCUGGGGGAUACGUUGUUUUGGCUAGAGGGGUGUAUGUUGAGGAUAUUGAUUAUCCAACCUUAGUAGAGCUUCUGGUCCUUCGGGGAGGCCAUCUAGUGGUGACUGGAUCUUGGGCUCUCGCAUGUUCGUUUUGAAGGAGAUGCUUAGGUGACCAUUGAUAGAUAAGCCUAGCAGACAAACGAGAUAUUUCCUCAGGGUCCAUCAUUGAGGAAUUCCUAUGUUUGUCAGCACUUAGUAAUGGUUUCGUUGCACGAUCUGUAGGUCAAAUUAGCAAUAGGGUAACCCAUUUGGUGGUUAGAAAGUUCUUUGUACCCGACCUCGUGUCGUUCCUUUGAUUUUUGGUCCUGGAUCCAUACCAGGGUGUAAUGUGUUCUAUCUCUAUUUCAAUCAAUAUAUGAUUACCUUUUGUAAAAAAAAAACGGCAUGAUACAUUGAUAUAAAAAUAUCAAGGAUUGAAAAAUCGCAUUAAAGGUUGUGCUGGAAAAGUCAGCGGUAGGGUAUGUGAUGCUGAACUGCGGUUUAACCGUGGUUCAGCCGUUUCAUACUGUUAAAUACCACCUAUUAGUUUCGCUUGCGAAGGAUGUUUUCCUGGUUGAACCACCGGUACAGUGCGAUUUUUCAAUCGUUGAUAAAUAUUGAAAAUCAAGAAUGAUGUAUUUUGUCAGGUUGACAAUUGUAAUCAUGAUAUAUCACAAUUCACAAAUGAAAUGGAAUCAUCCUUGUUUAUAGCAAGUUCAUCUUGAUAGUCUUGGUAUAAGCACCAUCAUGAUUGUAAACAUAACCAAAAUCAAUGAAUAAAAUAAAAGAACUCAAAAAAUAAAAAGACAAUUAAAUGAAAAUUACACUAGAAAAAUAAGAAAUUGGGAUGAAAAUGCACCAUUUUAUGAGCGCAUAAGAUCUCAAGCCCAAUUAAAACCAAAAAUAAGAUAAUUACAAACAAUCGAGUAAAAUUAUUUGAAAGGAAUGAAGAAAAAAAAGUCAUUAACAAUUAAAAGAACUAGUAUGAAAAAGAGGAGAAGUGAGAAAAUUUUACCAUGAUGAAUAGAGACAAUAAUAGCAUGAAUAAGAACAAUUCAUUUUCCCUUUCCCCCGAACUCUCAUUCUUUCUGUUGGUCAUGAAUUUGUUCCACCUCCUCCAUCAAAUUCAUUUUCUCCAAAAUGAUUUGUCUUCUUCUCCUUCUUGUUCGACAAGUAUCUACGACGAAAGCUAUAUGAUCAAGAUUAGUUUUUUUCCUCUCUCGAGAGAGAAACGCAAGAGAAAGUGGUCAAAUACCAAAAAAAAUAUACCUCGCUCUCCCCCCUUUCUCCAUCCCAUUUUCGUUUUUUCUUUCGUGAUUUCUCAAUUCUAAUCUCCGAUUUCUUGAAUUCUCGCUUCUUUCAUCUAUUACUUGAAAAGUAUGGAUGCAAAUUCCGAAUCAGAAGAUCGAAAUUGCAAUGUCCCUAUGAAGAACAUCAAUGUUAGCGUUAGCUCCAAGCAAGAAGGGCAUAACAACAAGCCUAAGCGUCAGAUGAAGACACCUUUCCAAUUAGAAACCUUGGAAAAGGCUUAUGCAGUGGAAACAUACCCAUCAGAGGCAACAAGAACAAAACUUUCUAAAAAACUAGACCUCACAGAUAGGCAACUGCAAAUGUGGUUUUGCCAUAGAAGGCUGAAGGACAGAAAGGAGGACAAAAGAGAUGCCGUCGCGACCAAGAAACCUCGUAAAGAACCAACCUUGCUCAAGAAGUCACCUCUGUUGGAGUUCCCUGUUGAUCAAGAACUCAAUAUUAUAGAUGACAAUGAUCCCGAUCCAGCUGCUGAAAGUGACUAUGAAUCUCAAUGUGGCUCAGGGUUCAACUCAUUUGUUGAUGCUGCAGACACCAGCGAUGUGGCUAAUUUGGAUAAGUACACGUCCAUGUCCAAACCAUACCAUCAAUCAUCGCCAUUGCUCUCUUGCAAGAAGCUCCAAGCAAUUUCCUAUGUUGAAGCACAAUUGGAUGGGCCAUUUAGGGGAGAUGGGCCGGUUUUAGGGUUUGAGUUUGAUCCAUUGCCACCUGAUGCAUUUGGAGUUUCGAUAGGCACCAUGGCAGAACAAUAUGACAGAAAUUCUAACCAAAGAUUUCGAAGGCAUGAGGGAAAGCUAAGAAAAGGGUCGACAAGGUCUCUUCAUGAACAUGGACAACUUGUUCAACCUUCUUACAAUGGCUCGCCGAUUGAUACAAUCAGAGGAAGAAGAAUCUCGAAGUAUCUCGAGACUAAUCUGCAUUAUCCAAGGGCUUUGACUGCUACAAAAUCUCCAUCGAUGUCAUAUACGUCUCCACAAAGUAAAGGAUCAAAUCAUUUUCUUUCCUCACCCAACACAAGUGAUCACAACUACCUUCAACCCCCAGAAUCCGCAUUAUUUAUGAAUGACAGAAGAAAUGAAAAAUCUAAAUGUAACUCAAUUAUUAAGCAAAAAUAUAACAAUGUCUUUCAAGAUGCCAAAGUCUUCCGUGAUGGCGACGAUGAUACACAUACGAGGAAGAAACACAAAGUAAACCGUGUUCAUUUAGAGCCAGAUAAUUCUCUCAAAGCAUGAGAAAGAGAGGUUUUGACAACAUAGGCAACAUAUACAAUGUAAUUUUUACAUAGAUGCAUAGUGAAAAAAAUUUGGCAGUAAGUAUCACAGACCUCCUCGUCAUUCUCGAUCUUUUAUCAUAGAGCUUUUGAAAGUCUGAGAGAUAUCAUUUUCACAUAAAGUGCCAUUUUUUAU